AAUGGGCUGGCGGCGCCCGCAUGACCCGCGCCGGCGGGAGGGCGUGGGGAAGCAGGCCGGGCGCGCACGCUGCCAGGCUGUAUCGCCGCUCCCGCCGCCGUCGGGACUGGAAGUGAGCGGCCCGGGCCCGCAGCGCCAGCGAGCCAGUGAGAGCGUCCCGCAGCCUCCCGCACCCGGUGCAAAGCAUGGCGGCCUCCAAGGUGGCUUUAACCAAGAGAGCAGAUCCAGCCGAACUUAGAACAAUAUUUUUGAAGUAUGCAAACAUUGAAAAAAAUGGUGAAUUUUUCAUGUCUCCCAAUGACUUCGUCAUUCGAUAUUUGAAUAUUUUUGGAGGAAGCCAGCCUAAUCCAAAGACUGUGGAACUUUUAAGUGGUGUGGUGGAUCAGACCAAAGAUGGAUUAAUAUCCUUUCAAGAAUUUGUGGCAUUUGAAUCUGUCCUGUGUGCCCCAGAUGCUUUGUUCGUGGUGGCCUUCCAGCUGUUUGACAAAGCUGGCAAAGGAGAAGUCACUUUUGAGGACGUUAAGCAAGUUUUUGGACAGACUACAAUUCAUCAACAUAUUCCAUUUAACUGGGAUUCAGAAUUUGUGCAACUACACUUUGGAAAAGAAAGAAAAAGACACCUGACAUAUGCGGAAUUCACUCAGUUUUUACUGGAAAUACAAUUGGAGCAUGCAAAGCAAGCCUUUCUUCAAAGGGACAAUGCCAGGACCGGAAAAGUCACAGCCAUUGACUUCCGAGACAUCAUGGUCACCAUCCGCCCUCAUGUCUUGACACCUUUUGUGGAAGAAUGUCUCGUAGCUGCUGCUGGAGGUACCACGUCCCAUCAAGUUAGUUUCUCCUAUUUUAAUGGAUUUAAUUCACUCCUUAACAACAUGGAACUCAUUAGAAAGAUCUACAGCACUCUGGCUGGCAACAGGAAAGAUGUAGAGGUGACUAAGGAGGAGUUUGUUCUGGCAGCUCAGAAAUUUGGUCAGGUUACACCCAUGGAAGUUGACAUCUUGUUUCAGUUAGCAGAUUUAUAUGAGCCAAGGGGACGUAUGACCUUAGCCGACAUUGAACGGAUCGCUCCUCUGGAAGAGGGAACUCUGCCUUUCAACUUGGCCGAGGCCCAGAGGCAGAAGAAGGCCUCAGUGGAUUCAUCUCGACCAAUUCUCCUACAAAUUGCAGAGUCAGCCUACAGGUUUGGUCUGGGUUCUGUUGCUGGAGCUGUUGGAGCCACUGCUGUGUACCCUAUCGAUCUGGUAAAAACUCGAAUGCAGAACCAGCGAUCCACUGGCUCUUUUGUGGGAGAACUUAUGUAUAAAAACAGCUUGGACUGUUUUAAGAAAGUGCUACGCUAUGAAGGCUUCUUUGGACUCUAUAGAGGUCUGUUGCCACAGUUAUUGGGAGUCGCCCCAGAGAAGGCCAUAAAACUUACAGUGAAUGAUUUUGUGAGGGAUAAAUUUACGCGCAAAGAUGGCUCUGUCCCACUCGCAGCAGAAAUUCUUGCUGGAGGCUGUGCAGGAGCCUCCCAGGUGAUUUUCACAAAUCCUUUGGAAAUUGUCAAGAUCCGUUUGCAGGUGGCUGGAGAGAUCACCACUGGUCCCCGAGUCAGUGCUCUGUCUGUCCUAAGGGACCUGGGCUUCUUUGGGAUCUACAAGGGUGCCAAAGCAUGCUUUCUGCGGGACAUUCCUUUCUCGGCCAUCUACUUCCCAUGCUAUGCUCAUGUGAAGGCUUCCCUUGCCAAUGAAGACGGGCAGAUUAGCCCCGGAAGCCUGCUCUUCGCUGGUGCCAUAGCCGGUAUGCCUGCGGCAUCUCUAGUGACUCCCGCUGAUGUUAUCAAGACGCGAUUACAGGUGGCCGCCCGGGCCGGCCAGACCACUUACAGCGGAGUGAUAGACUGCUUUAGGAAGAUCCUUCGGGAGGAAGGCCCAAAAGCUUUGUGGAAAGGAGCUGGCGCUCGUGUGUUUCGUUCCUCCCCCCAGUUUGGUGUAACUUUGCUGACCUAUGAAUUGCUGCAGCGAUGGUUCUACGUUGAUUUUGGAGGAGUGAAGCCCAUGGGAGCAGAGCCAGUUCCUAAAUCCAGGGUCACACUGCCUGCUCCCAACCCCGAUCACGUUGGGGGCUACAAACUGGCAGUUGCGACGUUUGCAGGGAUUGAAAACAAAUUUGGGCUUUACCUACCUCUCUUCAAGCCAUCAGUAUCUACCUCACAAGCCAUUGGUAGAGGCCCGUAGGACCGUCCCUGCGCUAUUGCUGCGGCUUUGUUGUUACUGCAAUGAAGAAUGCCCCAUCUUGGAUUGAAGCAACACUUCAUUCCUUUCACUUCCAUCUCCUGUUUAAAUUCAAGUUGAGGCUUUUUAUAAGGUGAAAUCAUUUAUUUUCUGUGUGGUUUCAUAACCUAGAUCAUUGUGAAAUUUUUCAUAAUUAUUCUUUGGGCCUCUGCUCACAAACCUUUGUGUCCGACAUUUGCUGGGAUUUGGUCAACACUAACCUGAUUUGGAGGAAGGAGCAAGUCUGAAUACAAAUUAGAACCAUUCUCUUUAGGAUUAGGAUUAUAGUCCCGAAGAGGCUGUUGAGAGGGAAUCAUGGUGCUCAGAGCAAAAGUGUUCCAUGUCUGUUUAACCUGGUAGGAAACUGGGUGCAUAUUUGUGAAAGUAAAAAACACUGGAAGAAAUGAAAACAUUAUCAGAAAUAGCCAGCCUGGCUUCACAUUUUAAGCAUGCACUAAUUCUGUCUCUGGAUUAUAUUAUGAAGCUUUUAUGUGAAACAUGUUUUUUUGUAAUGAAAACCACAUUGAAGAUGUUUAAUAAUCAUAUUCUGUUACUGGUACUAAGACUACUAGGGAGAAGUCUUUUGUGCUUUAGCGAAAGUACUGUUGGCACUGUACUCUCUAGAUGGAGAAACCAGGAUAUGCAGCAUCUCUCCUAAUUUGGGGGAACUGCUCAUAUGAAGCACAUGUGCUGACUGCUGCCUAUUUCAAUAAACACUGUAGAAAAACGCGUGCCUCCCUGUUGCUGGUACCUACCCUCGCCCCCUCCCAAUCCCCUGUAAUUGGCAUCCAUUUGCUUUUAAAAUCCAUUUUGUCUUGAAUCAUGGAAGAAAAAUACAUUGCAAUGUAAGUUUUUAUUUAAUUUGUGGUGCCUUGCACAAUGGUCAGAAGGCUCAUGUGUUUGUGAAGAAGGAAAUAAACUGUUUUUAAAG